ACACGAGCGAGCGGACAACCGGAGGAUGGAGAAGCAGAAGAGCCGCAGCCGCGCACCGGAAAACAAAUGAUGUUUUAGCAGCAGCAGUGCGGGCUCCACUUGACGUUUUGACCACUUUUGGUCAUCAAAUAGAAAGAUGGCGCCGUCGGGCUCGCGCAGCUUUGACUGCUGGAGAGUUUUAUACUGGAUCCCCGUGCUGUUCAUCAGUCUGAUCGUGGCAUGGUCCUACUACGCUUAUGUAGUGCAGCUCUGCAUAGAAACCAUUGAAAACAUGGGAGAGAAAACAGUUUACCUGCUGAUAUAUCAUCUGCUGUUCCUGAUGUUUGUGUGGUCAUACUGGCAAACCAUCUACACCAAACCGAUGAACCCGCUUAAAGAGUUCCACCUGUCACAUGUUGACAAAGAGCUAUUAGAGCGUGAAGAUCGGCGAGAAUCUCAACAGGAGAUCUUGAGGAGAAUUGCUAAGGAUUUGCCCAUUUACACGCGCACCAUGUCAGGAGCAAUCCGCUACUGUGAUCGCUGUCUGCUGCUGAAGCCUGAUCGAUGCCAUCAUUGCUCCGCCUGUGAUAUGUGCAUUUUAAAGAUGGAUCACCACUGUCCGUGGGUUAACAAUUGCGUGGGCUUUGCCAACUACAAGUUUUUCAUGCUCUUCCUAGCAUAUUCCUUGUUGUAUUGCCUUUUUGUCACUGCCACAGACAUGCAGUAUUUCAUCCAGUUUUGGACUAAUGGUCUGCCUGAUACCCAAGCCAAAUUUCACAUCAUGUUUCUAUUUUUCGCCGCCUCUACAUUCUCAGUCAGCCUAGCGUUUCUGUUUGCUUAUCACUGCUGGCUUGUCUGCAAGAACAGAUCCACUUUAGAGGCUUUCAGAGCUCCUGCGUUCCAGCACGGGACAGACAAGAAUGGCUUCAGUUUAGGAGCAUACAAGAACUUUCGCCAAGUGUUUGGAGAUGAAAAGAAAUAUUGGCUUCUGCCUAUUUUUUCAAGUUUGGGCGACGGCUGUUCAUUCCCUACCUGUCUAGUGAAUCCAGACCCUGAACAACCCUCCAUACCACCUGGACGAAACCCUUCAGUCAAGAGUGCUGGAGAAUCGCAUCCGUUUCCUCCUAAACCUCUGAGAGAAUCACAGAGCCGCCUGCUGAACAACGGACAGACAGACGGAAGUGAAGACAGAGACAAACGAGGUACAAGCAACCCAGCCUUGACUAUUGAGAAGGAAACUUAGAAACAGGACUUCUGUGCUUGUGAUCUCUGAUGAGUGAGACAUCUCUGCUGCUCCUAUAUUGUCUAUCACUGUCCACCUAAAGGCUUGAGAUCUUUCACAAGACCAAACAGUGCAGGAUUGUGGUCUGUACA